CAGAUGGUUCCUGUCAUGGACAUCAUGACCCCAGCUCCUCUGACACAGAACUGCUCCAACUGCAGCAGAGUUUUCGUCCCGGAGCUCAACAUUGUGAAGGCUGUGACUUUGGGCUUGAUCCUUGGUGUCUUCAUUGUGUUUGGAAUUGUGGGAAACAUCCUGGUAAUCCUCUCUGUUGUUUGUCACCGACACCUGCGGACGGUCACACAUUACUUUAUAGUUAAUCUGGCAGUGGCCGAUUUGCUGCUGAGCUCCACUGUACUGCCCUUCUCUGCCCUUUUUGAGAUCCUGGAUCGUUGGGUUUUUGGACGGGUCUUCUGUAAUGUUUGGGCAGCUGUGGAUGUGCUCUGCUGCACCGCCUCCAUCAUGAGCCUCUGCGUGAUCUCUGUGGACCGCUACAUUGGAGUCAGUUAUCCUCUGCGUUAUCCAGCCAUCAUGACAAAACGCAGGGCUCUGCUGGCUGUGAUGCUGCUGUGGAUGCUGUCUAUCAUCAUAUCUAUUGGACCUUUGUUUGGCUGGAAAGAGCCUGCUCCGGAGGACGAGUCCGUCUGCAAGAUCACAGAGGAGCCUGCCUACGCCAUCUUCUCUGCUGUGGGCUCCUUCUACCUCCCUCUCACCAUCAUACUGGCCAUGUACUGUCAGGUCUAUGUGGUCGCUCGCAGAGAGAGCCAGGGCCUGAGGGAGGGCCACAAGACUGAGAAGUCCCAUUCGGAGCGGGUGAUUCUCAGGAUACACAGAGGCAACGCGACCGUGACAGAGGACGAGGCCCUUCGCAACCGCACUCACUUUGCACUGCGACUGCUCAAGUUCUCACGUGAGAAGAAAGCUGCAAAGACCUUGGGCAUCGUGGUGGGCUGCUUCGUGUUAUGCUGGCUGCCCUUUUUCCUGGUGCUACCCAUAGCCUCCAUAUUCCCUGCAUACAGACCUUCUGACACAGUGUUCAAGAUCACCUUCUGGCUCGGCUACUUCAACAGCUGCAUCAACCCCAUCAUCUACCCGUGCUCCAACCAGGAGUAUAAGAAAGCUUUCCAGAGUUUACUUGGAGGUCGCUGUUUAAGAAGGACACCCAGACCACAGCAUCAACAUCUGGGUGCAGGUCACAGUCAACCACAAGGUCUCAGCAGGCCCCUCACGCUGGGCCCAGACAGCAGGGUGGCCCCCUGUCAGCUCAGCCCCUCCUCUUCCAUGGCCUUGUCCAGGACCCCUUCCUCCAAGGACAGCAGGGACUGGAGGGUCUUUUCUGGAGGCUCCACGAGUGGCUCGGGUCCGGCCACGGCGGGCAGGGCUAAAGUGGCCAAACUUUGCAGCAAAAGCUUCCACCAAACCUGCUGCUGUAUCCUCAGCAGCGGGACCCCACCGCAGGAGUCAGACUGUGCCCAGCCCCCCCCUGCCGCAAACCUUCCCACCAUUAAAAUCCACCAACUGUCCUUGUCGGAAAAAGGAGAGUCUGUGUAA